GCUGUGUGCAUGUGCCAGGGGGUCCUGCCGGCCCACGCCGACCCCCGCGGGGAGCUGAGCGCCGGGCAGCUGCUCCGCUGGAUGGACGCCGCUGCAUGCCUCGCAGGGGCCCACUGCAGACUUGCAUUUUGGUGUUCACACGAAGAGCUGGGAUCUGCUAUUUGUGAUCUCUCUGUCUGAAGUCUACAGGAAUACCCAGAGAGGCACAUUCAAGCCCUUACAAAGCUGCAUGUUUGCAUUCUCUAAGGUGUUAUUCUUCUUAACAGGGUGGGACAAAUUAUUACCAUCAAAGCAAAGGUGAACAGAGCAUUCAGAACCAGCAUGGAGGUUGGCAUCAAGGUUACAGUACAGGAUGUUUUUACUAAGGUUGAAAAAACUGUCAGUGUGGCAUACGCAACAUAUGUAGCCAAACCAGUUGGUUCUGGAAAGGUUGAGUUAGAACCUGUAAAGCUUCUGUCUGCAGAAGACUGCCUGGAGCACAGCCUGGCUAUUGAGAGGAGAAGAAUCAGGCUGGGCUAUUUCCAGGCUUUUCAGAACCUAAUGAAGAGGAGUAAUAAGGAAGAUACUUUUGAAGAGGAAGAUGCAGUUUCAACUGAACUUACUCAUGUACAGAGUAUUGAGCUUGUCCUGCCUCCUCAUGCAAACCAUCAUGGAAACACUUUUGGUGGCCAGAUCAUGGCUUGGAUGGAGACAGUGGCGGGUAUUUCAGCAAGUCGCCUUUGUCAUUCAUACCCUGUCCUGAAAUCAGUGAACAUGUUUAAGUUCUGGGGACCCUCCUUUGUGGGCGACCGCCUCGUCUUCAAUGCUAUUGUGAACAACACCUUCCAGAACAGUGUGGAGGUUGGUGUCCGUGUUGAGGCUUAUGACUGUGAGGAGUGGAUCAAGGACCAGCCACGGCACAUUAACAGUGCAUUCCUUAUCUUUAGUGCUGUGAAUGACAAAGGAGAGCUGCUUCCCUUCCCCAGAGUCAAACCCAGGACAGAGGAUGAUAUGAGAAGAUACCAUGGAGCUAUAGCCCGAAGGAGAAUUCGUCUAACCAGAAAAUGCAUGCUGUCUGCUAAAGGAGGCAAACCUUCUGAACUGUGGGAGAGAAGCAACCAGGUAAUCUACCUGUGUCUUACGUUUCAGGCAUAUUUGAGUUAUAGCAAUGUAGCAGCACUGACACAUCUGGCAGCAAAACCAGGAUGGGAAAUAACCAGGACACUGGAUGAUAUAAAAAUAUGGACUCAUGAGGAGGGUGAUGCGUUGUCUUUCAAGGUUGAAAUGCAGGUGAAGAUCCCAUCCCAUGUGGCUUUUUCCCUUCUGUCUGACUUCACGUUGCGCCAGCAAUGGGACAAACAUUUCCUGACUUGUGAGGUCCUGCAGGCUGUGAGUGAAGAGGAGAAAAUAUAUUAUGUGACGUCACCUUCCACAAGGGGCCACGAAUCCAGAGACUUUGUGAUUCUCGUGUCUCAAAGGCAACCCUGCAAGCCAUGUGAACCCUACACCGUGGCUGUGAGGUCGGUGACCCUCAGCGCAGUGCCCCCAUCCCCAAAGUUCUCCAGGAGUGAAGUCCUUUGUGCCGGGUUCCAGAUACACAGCAGCACCAGCAGCUCCUGUACUGUGUGUUACUUCAAUCAAGUGACAUCAGGAGUGAUGCCUUACUUAGCUGCAAAUCUCGCAGGCUCAUCAAAAUCCAUUGAAGACACUGCUUUGGAAUGUAUAAAGUUCUUGGAGAUGAAAGGCUCCAAGUGCUGAAGUUAAAAACAGAUUUCUGAAGGGACAUCUGAAGAUUAUCCAGCAGUUCUUGUUUAAAUUCCUGCGUGUUGAUAAUUUUUCUACAGGUUACUUACCUUAGAUCGUGUAGCCAAUAUUGGGCUUGAACCUGAGAAUACCUAGUACAAGCAUCUGCUAUCAAAUUGAGCUUAGGCCUUAGGCUCCAAAUUCAGUUUUUAAUUUAAAAAAGAUUAAGGGACAGAUUCUGAUUUUGAUUGCAUUAAUUUUGUAUAAAUGGAGGCAGAACGUGGCUCAGUGGAGCUGUAGCUCAUGAGACUAUUUCCCCAUUUUAAUGUUAUACUGCAUGAAAAGGCAUCCAGGCAGUUUUAAAUCUUGUAACCUGCAGAAACCAGUGUUGCCAAGUAGCUUUGCCUGUGCUCUGACCUGGCUGUCCAGGUCUUUGCACCCCCAUUAUUUAUGACCUGAUUACAGCCCAUGUAAAUUAGAGUUUGCUGCUUUUAAUACUUGUCUGUUUAUGUGUGACUUCCAAUAAAUUAUUGUUUCUGAGGUUAAAAAUUCAUCACAAAUUUUAUUACAGGAUCUCUGGGCUGCGGAAAGGCUGCUUUGUAGUGGUGAUGGGGACUGCUGGCAACCUCAGUGCCUAGCUGUGGAGUAGAACAGUAACUCUUGGAUCCACUCCCUCGCAGAUGAAAAGGGGGGAUGGUUUCAGAGGUUUGAUUGUGGUGUGUGUGCUUUGUUUUCUGCUCUUAUUUUUGCUUAAAAAAGCCUUGUUGAGAAAAAUGAGUGUGCUCAUCAGCAGUUAGAUCCUGGCAUGGACAGGGGUGUGAGGGGGAUCAAAGCAUGAGCUGCAGCAGGGUCACUUGAUCUCUCUGCAGAAUCACAACUGGUACAGGGAGAGCUCUCAGGGUCUGGCACAGUUCCCACUUUAACACAUCCUCAGUUCAGCCUACAGCUAAACCAGAGCUCUGUUCAGGGAUUCACAGGAUGCAGCACAUUUUGCAUAUGGGAAGUACAGCAGGAGAGACACCAAGGGAAGCCCUGGAAGCCCUCAGGGUGCCACAACACCUGAGUCACCUGGGCUCUCCACAGCUCUGGCUUAGCUUGGGUACAAAGUCUUUGUGGAACCAGCUCUGUCUGCAGGGGCUGGCUACUCUGAGCCCCACACAGCUGUUCCUUCCACCUGGAAGAGGGGCAAGGCAGGUCCUGGCCUCUGGCUCUGGAGGAGCAACCAUAGACCCAGAUCCUGAUUUUGAAUCAGCAUUGUCAUCACGAGGGUGAAGUGCAGCCUCUGAUUCUGGGGAGCAGGGACAGCUCCCCCCAGGACAUGGGAGCCACUGAGGCCCUGCUUGUCACCUCCUGGCUCAGCUGGCCCUGGGAAGGUCCAGAUCCCUUCUGGACCAAGAGCUUAGCUCCCCAAGUCCUGCUGGGUGCUGAUGAGGGCAGACAGGCACUGGACUAGGCAGAGAAGCCUCCAAGAUCCCAAUCUCUGGUGAAGAGAGACAUCUAAUGUUCGCUCUGAACAUGGGCAGUGGGGACAGAGCCUGCCUGGAUGGUGCCUGCACCAAGCACUGUACAUUUAUUUACACCUUUACAUGCAGCACCUUUUACAGCUGCUUUUCAAACACCUUUCUUCAUCUACACCUGCCUCUGUGAAAUCAUCAGUGGGUGCAUUUAAGGUGUAGUUUUGUCCAACAAUUACUGAGGAUGGCUCUGAGUGAGCUGACAAUUGACCCACAGCUCACCUCCAACUGCCUACACCAGCCCUCACAGGGAUGUAUUGGUAACACCAGGACAGUCAAAGUCUGUGGCUCCAGGUUCCUAUGCAUAAAAGAACAUGUUACAAAGCCAAAGACUUGAGAAAUUACUUUAAAAGAUCCUUUUUGGACAAUGUAUUUAAUUCAUAGAAUAGAAAGGGAAAACACUGGGAUGCCUGUUGCAAAAUGUCCACAUAAAAGUGACACUGCUUUGAGUUUUAAUCCAAUAGUUAAUUAAAACUCCAUAAUUAAUCCUUGAUUUCAUUCACAUCCACUCUCCUUCCCCAUUUAAAUGCGUGCUCCGAUGAAUACAAACUGAAUAUACAGCCCCCCAGCUCAGUCAGCUUAGUGUGCCUUUGUCUCCACAGCAGAACUAGGAAACCUGAAAUAAGAGCUCUAACCACUGUAUUCUUUAGCAGCAUUUUUAUUAAAAAUAAUUAACUUGUACAAAUAUAAAAUAUAUCCAC